UUCUAAUUACAAGUACAACAAAUCAAUAAAUAUAGAUUAUGGGUAAAACAGCAAAGGACAAGCGCGAUAUUUUUUACCGUUUGGCCAAGGAACAAGGUUGGCGUGCACGUAGUGCUUUUAAACUGCUCCAAGCUGAGGAAACAUUUCAUUUAAUGGAAGGUGUUACUCGAGCUGUUGAUUUAUGUGCGGCACCAGGCAGUUGGUCGCAGGUUCUGGCCAAGCAUAUGUAUGAGCCUAAAACAGAAGAGGAGCGCAAAAAUGUUAAGAUCAUUGCGGUAGACAUGCAAGGCAUGGCGCCAAUUGAUGGUGUUACACAGUUGCGGGCCGACAUUACGAAGGAGUCGACAGCACAAACUAUUAUUGACUUCUUUGGCGGCCAAAAGGCGCAACUGGUGGUCAGCGAUGGUGCUCCCGAUGUCACUGGCCAGCACGAGUUUGAUGUCUAUAUGCAAGCACAGUUGCUCUUAUCCGCACUGAGUAUUGCCACCCACAUACUAGAGGAAGGCGGCUCCUUUAUGGGCAAAGUAUAUCGUGCAGAUAAUACAAGCAGUGUAUAUCUGCAGUUGCAACGCUUCUUUAAGGAUGUCUGUGUAUUUAAGCCAUCCGCUUGUCGUAACUCUAGCAUCGAGGCAUUUGUCGUAGCCCGACAGUUCACCAUGCCCACAGAUUACGUACCUUGCAAUCUUACUACUGAGUGGCACACACAAACGAAUGAGUGGAUAAGAGACAUAAGAGGCGUUGAACCCGAUCCUGUAGUCCAUCUGCCUUUUGUGGCUCACAAUGGUAUUUAUGACGCCGAUAUGACAUAUGACUUGGGCGACGAUUACAACCAAAUUGAUGCCGUUCAGCAGCCCUUAACCGCCGCCUACCAAGAUGUGUUGGAGAAAACAAAGACAAUGUCCAUCAAAUACGAUGCAGUAACCGUAAGACACGACGACGAGUAGAGCGCCUGGACGUAGUAAAAUGAAUUUCUUGUAGUCCACAAAAUGACAUGACAUCCCCAUCUGUAAAUACUGUAAAUAAAUGUUUACUGUUUGAAAAA